AUGCGCAACAUACCGGAGCUCAACGAGCCACUCAGGAUGCCAAACGGCGAUGACAACAUGGCAGAAGUGCUCAGGAACGAGGAGAAGGUGAAGCACAGGAGGAGGAAGAAGAAAGAGACGGGCGAGAUGAGGCAGCAGACACUGGAAGAGACGGGUGGUGUCGCUGUGAAUGUAGACAUGGACGAGGAGGAUCUGCUAAAGGGUGUAGCACCGACAAACACACUAUACGACGAAUACAUGGCAUUGCUCAACGAGGUGAAGCAAGGUACAAAAGGGGGAAGAUACUCCUACUCGCUGGAACAGGAGAGGGAAAGACGAGGUGCGCACUACGUCUCGUGGCAGAGGCAUUCCUCUCGAACGUCAGGAACGAGAUAA